AUGCUUGGGGAAGAGACAAAAGAGGAAGGAGAUAUGGAGGAGUCAAACAAUUAUGGGCACCAACAUCCCCUGGUUCUUAUGUUGAAUCAAGAGCAGCUGAUCCAUAAUCAAAGUGGUGUAACUCAUUGCUCGAGGUGUGGGGAGAAGGUGUCUGCUCCAUGUUUUUGCUGUGCGGAGCACUGUGGGUUUUAUCUUCACAAGGUAUGUGCCGAGGCAUCUUUGGAGCUUAAUCAUCCUUUUCAUCACGAUCAUCCUCUUCUUCUUAUGCAAAAUGCACCUUAUUCAUCUGCUGGAGGCUACGUUUGUGAUUUUUGUGAUAAAGAGGAUAAUAAGUUUGUUUAUCACUGUUCUUGCGGAUUGGACUUUCAUAUUAAAUGUGCUUUGUUUACAUUUAAUAUUGCUGAAAAUAAUUUGAAAGAGCUUGAACAUGUUCCCCUUCAAGAUCCAUUGAUUUCCACUGAAAAUGGUGAUGAAGAACUUGAAGAUGUUAGCAAGUGCUUUGGAUGUCGGGAACCGUUAGCAAAGUAUACACACUUUUCUCCUGACUGGGGAUUUAAUUUACAUGAGAAAUGCGCUAAGCUUCCUUUCAAAUUGAAUCAUAUGUUGCAUCGCGAGCAUCCUCUUGUUCUACAAUUUAAUAGCCAACGGCUCUCCUGCAAGAUAUGCCUAGAAACAAGGCGAAGAGGAUUUGUUUAUGGUUGUUCUCCUUGUAAGAUUGCUGUCCACAUUGAAUGUGUAUCACCAUCACCCAUUAUUGAAGAUAAAAGCCAUCCGCAUCCAUUCACUCUGUUUCCAAGACGACUACCGUUCAUUUGUGAUGCAUGCGGUGCCGAAGGAAAUUAUGCUGCCUACAUAUGUUGUACAUGCAACAUUAUAGUCCAUAAAAAGUGCAUUUCAUUGCCAUGUAUCAUCAUUAGCAAGUGGCAUGAUCAUCGCAUUUAUCACAAAUACUUUCUUCCACGAGAUUUUAGAAAUUCAGAGUGCGAUAUUUGUCAUGAUGAGGUCAAUCCAGAGCUCGGCUGUUAUUGUUGUCCACAUUGUAAUAUUACAUUCCAUGCCCGUUGUGUGACAGAGGAUAAAUAUUCAUAUUCUAUACCUUCACGCGAAGAUGAAGAUGAGAUAUCCAAUGAAAGUUCCAUCACUGUUUUGGAGUGGAAUGAUGCCAAAGAAGCUACAAAAAUAAAACACUCCAAGCAUAUGCACAAUCUAAUUCUAAGUGAUUCAGUUGGAGGUUAUGAAAACAGUUGUGAUGGGUGUAUGUUACCAAUCUCAGAUCCAUUUUACUAUUGUUCGCAAUGUGAUUUUUUUCUUCAUAAAGUUUGUGCGGAGUCACUUAGAAUGAAGCGUGUUUGGCAUCAUCGACAUUGCAAACAACCUCUCAACCUCAUUUCAGAUAAGGUUUUUAGGUGUGAAAUUUGUUAUAAUAUAUCUAAUGGUUUUGCUUAUGAAUGUAGUGAAUGUAAGAGUAGGACAUGUCUCAGAUGUGUGAUUACUCUUACUCCUGGUGCUCGAACAUGUUUGAAACAUGAACACCCCCUCCGUUUCUACAGACAGUAUGAAGGGAGUUGCAAUGCUUGUAGUCGUUUUUCAUGGGGGGCAUUUUGUUGUAAGGAUUGCAGUUUUGUGCUACAUCAUAAAUGUUUUUCACUUCCAAUUAUGGCUCAACACAAAUGUGAUAAGCAUAUUCUUUCACUCACUGAUCAUGAUGAUAUUGAUGAUAAUAGUUAUUCAGAAAAGUAUUAUUGUGAUGUCUGUGAAGAAAGUCGAAAUCCAAAUAAUUGGUUUUAUCAUUGUGCAACAUGCGAUACUUCUGCUCAUGUUAGUUGUGUUCUUGGAAAAUAUCCAUUCCUCAAACUUAAGAGCAUAUAUGAAGAAAAAGGUCAUCCACACCCACUCACCAUUGUGAAGAAGAAAUAUUACUAUCCUGAUUGUGAUAAAUGUGAUAAGCCUUGUGAAGAUUUGGCUCUUGAAUGCUCAAAGUAA